AUGACGGAGGUUAGGAGGAAGAUCGAAGAACUCUAUGUGUUCGUGAAGGAUAAGAACAACAUACGCAAGGAGGUCAAGCUACGAGCGACGGUCAUCAAAUCCGGCAUAGCUGUGGCAGAUCAGGAACUGCAAGAAUGGAGAAGAAGAGCCGAAGCGGCCGAAAAGGCUCUGCUUGAGGCCAAGGAGAAUGCAAUGCUGGGGAAACGCCAGGAGACGAAAAGGACCCCAAAAAAACACAAGGACGACGAAUACGGGGACAAGGAGCAAGAAGAUGGAGAAGACAGUGAUCGGCGUGAAGUCGAAAACCAGAAGGAGAAGAGGAAAAAACUGAAGGAAGAGGAACAAAGGAAGAAGGAACAGAAGAAGAAUGAGGAGAAGGAAAAUAAGAAUGAAGAGGAAGAUAAGAAGAAGAAGAAGAAGAAGACGGAAGAGAGGAAGAAGGAACUCAAAAAGAAGGAAAACCCCAGGCAUCGUAGGGAGAGAAGUAAGAGCGACGCUCUGGUUAUCGAGGCGAAAGACAAAACGACAUACGCAGCACUCCUCCGGAAAGUGAGAGAGGAUCCGGAGUUGAAGCAACUAGGCGAGAAAGUGGUGAGAACCAGGCGCACCCAGAAAGGCAAGAUGCUCCUCGGGCUGAAGAAGGACCCGUCGGUGAGGAGUUCAGCCUUCAAGAAACUCGUCGAAAAAUCUCUUGGUGAGGACGCGAACGUAAGAGCCUUAUCGCAGGAGUCAGUAGUCGAGUACAAGGAUCUGGACGAGAUCACAACGGAAGACGAGGUACGAUGUGCGCUGAAGGUGCAAUGCAAUCUGGGAGAUGUGCCUAUGACAAUCCGGUUGAGGAAGGCGUACGGUGGUACACAAACGGCGUCGAUACGACUUGCGACGGACGCAGCUAACGAGUUGCUGAAGACAGGACGAGUCAAGGUUGGAUGGUAUUCGACUAUUCGGCAGACGCGUUCGAGAGUGCGAGCCGCAAUAGACGCUGAAACCCCUAACCUCGCAGCUGAGAGAGAUUCCCUGGAGGAGGAAAGCUUGUCGCGAAGCUCGUUCGAGCCGUCUAUUAUCGAUGUUGAAGGAGGAGAUAAGAUCGAAUGUGGUGGUUGUGACAAACCCAACAAUGCUGAACUGUACAUGGUUCAAUGUCGGGACUGUUCUCGUUGGUAUUACCUUUCUUGCGCCAAUGUCAGACAGUCCACCGUUCAGAAAGAGGUCUUUAUGUGUUCCUUGUGUAUUCCGCGGAUUCCGAUCAAGCAGCCGAGCUCCGUCACGAGUCACACUACAACCUCAAGCGUACGACAGGCGAGGAUCGGUCGUGAAUUAGAACGUCUCAAUGAGGAGAGGAAGCUAAUGGAAAGAAUUCACCAGGAAGAACAAGCACAGCAGGAAAAGGCCAGAAAGGAAAAAUACGAUCGGGAAAAGCAAUAUCUCGCCAAGAAGUUCGACUUACUGAAGCAGCAAGAUGAACAGGAGGGAUCACGAACUUCGAAUAGUCACCGCAGUCAACAAAGCCGUCAGGACAAAGAAAGUAUAGUACAGAACUGGAUAAAUGACGUAAUUACGAUCACCGAGAAGACCGGUUUCGUAGAUCAGUCGUCGGAAAUCCUCACAAAAGAUGCUGAGCAGGAGUUGAUGGCAAAUCCAAUAGUUGCCGCCGAUGUUCAUGCAACUUCAACACCUAUACCUAACCGAAACAUCAAUUCUGCUGCUGGGAUGGUCCAGCCUGCACCAGUUCGUUUACGAUUGAGAAUGGAACCAAUACCUCGCAACACGGAAAGCAUGGCGAUCGGUGAGACGGCAGAGGAAGACUCGGAUGGUGUGAUUGGAGCUGUUGGUGGGUCACAGGGAAAUAUAAACUCACAAAUAGUACCGUUCGUUGACGUUGGUCCUUUCAACGUUUUACUGCAUGAUCCAGUAAUGACCAAAUCGAAGACAGGCACUCUUCCAAAGGUCGUCCGAAAGCAAUCAACCUACGAGCAAUGGCGUUCCCGUACUCAAGAACUCGAGCAAAAACACAAAGAGGAGAACAAUAUUCGUCGCAAACGUGAAUUAGAGCUGGUUAACCAACUGAACCGGCUAACGAUACAGAGAACCGAAGACCUUCAGAAACAACGCGAUGUGGAACAGGAGCUGCAACGCCAUUAG